AUGGCUUUCAAGUUGGUCGUUUUAGCUUGCGCUAUUGCUGCCGUCCAAGCCGGAGUGGUAGCCCCCGUAGCAUACUCUGCAUACCCAGCGCCGGUCGCAUAUGCAGCGCCAGUCGCGCAUGCUGCUCCUAUCGUUCACGCUGCCCCAGUCGCAUAUGCUGCUCCCGUAGCUAAAGUAGUAGCACCAGUCGCUAAGGUCGCCGUCGAAGAAUUCGAUGCCCACCCACGUUACAGCUUCGCUUACGACGUUCAAGACGGUCUGACCGGUGACUCCAAGAGCCAACAGGAAUCCCGUGACGGUGAUGUAGUACAUGGAUCCUACUCGGUCGUCGACCCUGAUGGUACUAAGCGCACUGUGGAAUACACAGCUGAUGACCACAAUGGCUUCAAUGCUGUUGUACACAAAGAGGCUCUCGCUGUUAAGGCUGUGGCUCCCGUUACUAAGAUCGCUGCCCCAGUAGCCUAUGCUGCUGCUCCCGUAGUACAUCAUGCUCCUUUAGCCUACUCAGCUGCCCCAGUAGUGCACCACGCCCCUCUCGUCCCAGCCUUAGUCCACUCCGCGCCUGUCUACCACCAUUAA